UUUCUUCAUCCGCUGGAGCCGCGACUGCAACGAUCGGACGGCCUGCACCCGAUUCUUUUUUUACUCCGAGCCCGGCCUUGAUUGCGUCCUCCACCACCGCUGGCCUUUAUCCCCAGGGAGGAGCCGGUGAGGAGCACACGACCCCUGGUCGUGAUGAUUGGGACCGCGACGAGGGGCUGAGCGACCGGUCGCGGUCUCGUUCGAUCACCCCGCCCCCAAAUUUUAUGCACGGAACUGCCACCUCCACCUGGGGCGCCAUUCCGGCGGGGCCGCUAGCGCAGACGCAGCACACCAUGCGGCAAGCCGUCAACGGCUACCACGCUCGGGAGCAACAGGAGCGGGCGGCGGGAAGGCAGCAGCAGCAAGGGCAAGCCGCAGUUGUAGCUGCUCCCGCACAACAAGCAGAUGAACUACCCCCUCGCGGCCAACUUCAGAGUACGGCUGUGCCAGACGCAGAAGGGGUGUCGAAUGUAGUGCAAGAACCCACGACUGCAAUUUCUGGUGCUGUCGCAGGGCGAGAAAAUACGAGCAUAGGAGGAGUCGUGCAACAAGAAGGAGCUGCCGCUCGUCCCUCUGCACAGCUGCCAGGUAUUAUACCUGGCGCACAGGAGCAAGAGCACGCAGAAGUUUCAUUCAACAGAAGUGCUAGUGUACCGACUUCAACCCCAGCUAGCAGUGGCAGUGGUCCGCCAGGUCGUGGUACUAGUGGUAGCCAUAAUUCUAGUAACCCAAUAAAUCCUGCAACAGUAGUUCCUGCUGGUGUCCCUCCUCCUGCCACCGCGGCCGUUCUUAACCCAGCAGCAUCUUCCCCAGCCGUUAUCAACCCAGCAGGUGGUCAGCAGCCGAGGAGGAGGACGGUCUCGUUUGGGCAAGGACCUCGAGAAAACGUGGAAACUAUUCAGAUCGAGGCGGUGGGAGAGACAAUGCGGGACUACGGCCGGUACCUGCAGCAGCGGCAGUCCACCUCGGGGCAGUAA